CAUUCGUAUUUUAAUUUGUUCUGCUCUUGUCCCUUCAAAUCCUUCCUGUCCCUACUUCAACGAUGGGCGAGAGGAGCAGGUAUUCUUGAAAUUCUCACUCCUAGUAUACUUACAACUAGUAUCCUUCAUUGUUUUCGAACUUCUCUCGUCCUACGCUCUGCACGAUGUCUGAUUCUGCCGACUUCGACCAGGAGGCAGCUCGACGAGACUACAGAGCACCAUACUCCACCAAUCAUCCAAUUCCUACCAUUCAACGAUAUCGAGAACAUCGCAACGAGCUUGAAGAACGACAAAGCCAUGCUGAAGCUGCUCAGCAUACAGAAGAAGACGAUUCGAGAGCGAAGCGGGCCUUCAGCUCUGUCAAGUCUAUAAUCAAGAAUGAAGACAAGAAGGAUCCAACCGGAGACGCAUAUCCUACCUCGAACCGAAAUACAGAGGAGACUGCUCGCGAGCCCGACCAGGACGAUUCUGGGAUACCAUUAGUUCCGUCUGCCAGUGAUGGUAAAGGACAAGUUGACGGGCAGGAUGGCAGCGAAGAUGGAUCUGCGAAGCAAAAUGGCACAAUGCAACAUGGCACACACCAGAACGGUAGCACUGAUGACGGUGACAAGAAGGGGCAGCAGAAACAGUCGGCUACCGAGAAGGUACACGGGCAGACCGAUCCGAAAGAGAAGAGGAAAGCUAUGAAGCAUAACAAACGAGACGAUGGAGGUCGUGAAGUCACAGAUCCCGUCACGCAUCUGCCAUUGAUUAUACGAGACUCGACAGCAAAAGACCUACGUCGAGCGCCCGAGAAUGAACGUGCUCCCGGCCAACAAAAGAAGACUGUGACAGGAUUGAGUGGAGCAUCAAAGUCGUCGAGUCAAUUGAGCUUGGAGCAGGAUGAAUUGCAGGAGAAUUACGAUGGAAUGCAGAAGAUGUUUCCUCCUCCAGCGUAUGAUGAUGCUCGAGCUGAACUGGCUAGGACAUUUCAGUCUGCUUUGACCAUUGGAUUGAGUAUCAUACUGGCACUUUCAACAAUCGUUGUCUUGCUUCUUGUGUUCGUGGCCUCGACGUCGCAUAAUAAAUCAGAUGUGCCAUUUUGGAGGAAGAUUGGGACCGAAGAUCGGCAUUCAAAGAAACUCUACAUCACAUUGGGGAUUGUGACGGCAGUUUCAUCCGCAAUUGGAUUCCUCGUCAUAACUCAAAUCCGUGGAUGGCUGGGGAAUAAAGUUAAAGGUAUCUGGGAAGACGAAGUAUGGGAUGCUGCUAGAGUCGAGGAGGAAAACACUAAUCAAUCGAAUGAACGGCUACCAGAAUCCGUUGCUUGGAUGAACAGCCUUCUCGCUUCCGUCUGGCCCCUUAUCAAUCCAGACUUAUUCGCUUCAGUUGUCGACAUGCUUGAAGAUGUCAUGCAAGCAAGUUUACCAAAGGUCAUUCGGAUGGUCAGCGUUGAUGAUCUUGGGCAAGGCAGCGAGGCUAUUCGGAUCCUUGGUAUCAGAUGGCUUCCAACUGGUGCUGCUGAUAAAUCAGUUGAUGAUGAGGGUAAAUUGAAACAGGCUAGCAACAAGGAAGCCAAUGAUCGUGGUGCUCCCGGAGAAGGUGAAGAAGAAGAUCUCGAGAAAAAGGACAAGGAUGAUGAAGAGGAAUCGGAUGCUUCGAAGAAAAAGAAAGAGGAGCAGAAGCAGAAAGAGCAGGAACAGCAAUCCAUUCGUGAAGGCAUGGAAGCAGAACAAGGAGACUUUGUCAAUAUGGAAAUGGGUUUUGCUUACAGGGCCCGCUCUUCGGGCAAGUCUAUCAAGUCGAAAGCCAGGAAUGCACACUUGUAUCUCAAGUUUUACCUACCUGGUGGCAUCUUUGUUCCGGUCUGGGUUGAGCUGCGAGGAAUCAUUGGGACUAUGAGAGUUCGCUUACAACUUACACCCGACCCGCCAUUCUUCAGUCUCUGCACAUUGACUUUUCUUGGGCAGCCGCGAGCUGACCUGUCCUGUACACCACUUUCGAGACAUCUUCCGAAUCUAAUGGACGUUCCCCUCAUCUCAUCUUUCGUACAAUCGGCCAUUGAUGCCGCUCUUGCCGAAUAUGUAGCACCCAAGAGCUUGACCCUAGACCUCAAAGACAUGCUCGUCGGAGAUGACUUCAAAAAAGAUACUGUGGCACGAGGUAUUCUCAUGAUAUAUAUCAAGGAGGCCAAAGGAUUCAAAGAAGGCGAUGGAAGCAUUGGACCUAUGAAGGGCUCAAGCGAUGCAUAUGUCACCUGUUCUUGGGGCAAAUUUGGCAAGACAAUUGCGUCAACCAGAAUCAUUGAGAAGGAUCAAUAUCCAAAGUGGCAUGAAUGGGCAUACAUGCUAGUGACGCCGGAAGAGCUCAAUGCUGAGGAGAAGCUGCGAAUUCAGCUGUGGGAUUCCGACAAGUAUACUGCUGAUGACGAUCUGGGACGGGUUGAAGUCGACUUGAAGGAGCUUAUGCAUAGUCCGAAAACGAGGAAUGCGCAGUAUGAUCGAGAAGAUCGAUUCCGAGGACAAGAUCCUUCUGAGAAGAUGCCGGGAACGAUUUCCUGGUCCGUUGGCUACUACGAAAAGACAAGGAUCACUGAGGAUCAGCUGGCGAAGCAGACUGAGGACGAUGAAAUCAAGACGAAGGAUGAUCUGAAGAAGAUAGUCUCGGAAACUGCUGAGAGGAAGCUUCGUGAGGCCACUGCUCAUGACGAGUCAAAAGAGGUUCAUCAACAGAAGACGCAAGAUUACAAAGAGCGUGAGAAUGCUUUGAUCUGCUCUUCUCCUCCGGAUCCGAAAUAUCCAUCAGGCAUAUUAUCCAUACAGAUUCAUAACAUUACUGGACUUGAGGUCGAAGCCUUACAGAAAGACAAGGACGACGAAGGCGAUCGAGAAGAUGAAGCAGAGCAGUCUGAUGACUUACCCAGCAGCUACUGCACCAUCAUUCUCAAUCACAAGAAAAUUUAUAUGACACGCACCAAGCCGAAGAAUGCAAAGCCGUUCUUUAACGCUGGAAUCGAACACUUCAUUCGGGAUUGGCAAACGGCAGAGAUCAUGGUUAGCUGUCGAGAUAGCCGAGAACGAGAGAAUGAUGCUCUUCUUGGUAUUGUUUAUCUUCCACUUGCCAAGAUGUUCGAGAAACGAAGUCAGAUCAUGGACAUGUAUCCACUUGUCGGCGGUAUGGGCUUUGGCCGAGCACGCAUCUCGAUGGUAUUCCGCAGCAUCGAGCUCUCUCUUCCCAAAGAACUCCUUGGCUGGGACUACGGCACACUUGAGAUCAAAUCACCAGUUAAACCAAAAGGAAAUUUCCCUCAAGAUCUAGCACAACAUCGGAUCAAGCUUCGUUCGAACAUUGGACGUAUCAAGAUGCAGUCCAAUGAUGGCCAGUGGAAGUCUAACAACGAUGAGUCCGCGUUCCUCGCAUGUAAAAAGCGUUACGCAAUGCCUCUCAUCGUCGAGUUCCGGACCUCAAGUCUUGUGCACGAUUCCACGCCUGCGUUUGCUGUCUUCUGGCUCCGAGAAAUCCCAGAUGAAGAGGACCGCACAAUCACAAUGCAAGUCUGGGCUGGCGGCAAAGAAAACUUGAAGCGCGCCACAAGCUGUGCCGGCUACAGUGGCAUGGAGGAAAACGAACAACCCCUUGGCGAAAUCGAAGUCACAAUGAAAUUCUGGCGUGGAUUAUCUGGGUACCAUAAACGGUAUGCGCAGAAAGAUAGAAGUGAAGACAUGAGAAACGUCAUGGAGGUUCUCGAUACUGUAAAUGACGAGAUCAAAGACGACGACGCCAUGGACGACGGUUAUUCCGACCCCUCAUCGACCUCCUCAUCCGACUCGGAAGACCGGGAAAAAAAGAAACCCUCUCGAUCCCCCACGAACAAGAAACUAGCAACACACACCAACCAAUCCGACUCCUCCCUUUCCAGCACCAACACCUCCGCCUCCAAAAACCCGUUCAAGAAAAUCAAGAAGGUGGCAACGGAUAUAGUGACAGGGCAUAACGACGAAGAUGAUGGCGAGAGGGGCGUGGUGGGCCAGGUGAGGGAUUAUAAGGAUCAUAGGCGGCAGUUGCAUAGGAGGCAUCGGGGCGUGAUGCAGUGGCGAGCGGCCAGGAGUGGGGAUUGGGCGUUGGGGAAGGUGAGGCGGGGGGUGGGGAGGGUGGAGGGCGUUUUUGAGCAUGGGGAGAAGGGGGAAGGGGUUGAGACUGAGGUUUAG